CGUCACGUGUCCAUUGACGAAAAACGACUAAAACGAAACCAACGAGGCGCCUUGGAACGAAGCAAUCGAAACCACGACAGGAAACGUGGCUCUAAAGGCUUCGCAUAUCGCUGCCCUUCGAACUUCGCGAUGAAGCGGCGACAACACUUCUGCGAUUUCUGUCAUUUGUCCGAGGAGAAUCGGAAAACUGGGCCUCUGAUAAAGAGAAAUGCACUGGUGGUCCAUGAGAACUGUCUGCUGUACUCGUCGGGUAUUUACAGCAAGAACACGUCUGAUGUGGACGAUCUGUGCGGCAUCGAUGAGCAAGAUGUAAUCAAAGAAAUCAAGAGAGGCAGAAAACUGAAAUGUUACAAAUGUAAGGAAAACGGAGCGACCAUUGGCUGCGAAGUGCAGAAAUGUAAGAAAUCCUACCAUUAUCUCUGCGCCUUGGACGAUGGAGCUCAGCCAAUUGAAGACAUUCCGAAUGGCGUUUUUAGGAUAUUCUGCAGUGCGCACCGACCGUCACCAGACAAAAAGGGUCCGGGGACUUCCGAUGCCGAAGAAUUAGAAAGAGGGGAUCAAAUUGAAGACAGCGAGGAAAUACCUUCAAAGCGGACAAAAAUGAGCACUCGAAAUAGCCGCGCCAAGAGACGAAGCGGUCAGUUGGACUCCUCUGAUUCUUCCUGUUCAGGUGGAAGGCAGGAGCGUCCCUCUGAGCAAGGACAAGUGGAGACAGAUUCUGAAGACGGUGCAAACCCCGGCCAAAAUGUGAGAAAGAAGAAUUUGACGGUAGCUGCUGAGGCAGACAAUAACAGCGAUGAUGAUUUGGAUUGCACUCAGUUGGACAGAAAUGCUGAUGCAGAUGAACCACGACCAAGCACAUCAGGAAAUCAGGUGACCUCAAAUGGGAAGUUCAAUGACACAGAUUCUGAGCAGGGCUCAGAGAGCCUUUUACUGCCAAUCAAGAUCACAGGGGUACAGUCCCUCUGUCCAUCCAUUCCAGGCUGCAGCCACAAUACCAAAGUAUCAAGUGUGGAGUCUUCAUUUUGGGCCAAGUGCCAGGAGGCAGGAUGCAUCGAGUCCGUCUUCUCCACCUUCAUCUCUUCAAUGAAGGAACUGUCAGAGAGAAUGGUCUCCAAGCAGGCCAGCAAGGAAGAUUGUAUCCUGUCUUUCAAAGUGCUGAAAGCUUCAGGAAUGUUACCUGACAUACUGGCCCAGAUUGAACAAGAUAUGAAUGGGAAACUGAAAAUACUUCAGGAAGAAACAAAAUCCCUGCAGACGGCAUUGUCAGCCAUAGGCAGUGCCAGAAAUGUCCAGUAAAUUAUGCUCAUCCAAUGAGACCAUAAAACUGGAAAUGUCACAAAAGUAAAAUUUGUGCAAAUAUU